GAAUCAUCCUCUUCAAAACAUUAUUUUUCAGUGGCAAAAGACUAUUACUAAUCAAAUAAUAGACCAUAUAUCUAAUGAUAAAACAGCGAAACAACACCAUACACAACACAACACAACACAACACAACAUAGACUGAUAUGGCUUAUCAGAAUCAGAACCAGAGCCAGCAGCGGAGGGAUCAAUUCAAACCAUUAGCUCCAUUCAUAUCAUCGAGUCCCAGUCCCCCUCCCAGUCCCUUCAACACUAGCCACCAUGCCAUUUCCGAAAUGCAAAUCCGUCGCAUCAAGAGAGCCCUCUGUUGUUGCGGCUGCAUCACUGCCCUCUUCUGCAUAGUCGCAGUCAUACUCAUAGUUCUUAGCUUCACCGUUUAUAACGUCACGGAUCCAGAGGUGAGGCUCAACGGCGUUACAAUCAUCAACGGAACCCUAAACCUAAAGGCAAACGCCACUUCUCCUUCUCCUUCUGGUGACGUCACGCUUCUCGCUGACUUGUCCGUGAAAAACCGAAACUCCUUCGCCUUCAGGUACGGCACCACAACCACAACAGUUUAUUACGAGGGCAGGGGAAUCGGCGAGGGAACGAUUCCGCCGGGGAAGACGAAAGGGAAGAGGACAAUGAGGUUUAACGUGACGAUGCAAGUGGUGGCGCAGAAGCUGGUGGACGCGCCGGGGCUGAGGAGCGACGUUGAGGACGAUCAGGCAGUGAAUAUAAGCAGUUACGCUCGGAUUGAUGGGAAGGUGAAGGUUCUAAAUUUGUUCUACAGAAAAGUUGUGGUUCUUUUGAAUUGCACAGUUGAAUACAACGUCACCACUGGCCAUAUCUUGCAUGGUGACAACUGCUUCAACGAUAUUAGAUUGUAGAUCGUACUGCAUUGAAUCUCUUCAAUUCCGAUCCUCUUCAACUCGAUACUGUAAUUUUCUUUUUCCUCCCCCCUUCCACCACCACAAAUGUUAACGACUUCAUAGUGAGUGGCGAACGUUUUGUACUAGUAUAGGCUGUAUAGCAAAAGCAACAUUUAAAAAGAAAAAAGAAAGAGAGAGAGGGAGGGAGGUGUGUUUUGUUUUGUAUGGUUAUACUUUUUAAUUCAAAAUUGCAUAUAUGUUGGUGGACUUAAGAGAAAAUAUCAAUUUAAUUAUUGCACUUGUGUAAA